AUGAGAUUAAAGGAAAUUGCAAUAAAAAGUUUUUCUCAUUUCAUUCUAUUACUGCAUUUACUGCUGGAAAAUGAUCGAAAGUGGGAAAAAAAAGUCGGGGAUGCUAAUGGUUUUAUGAACUUCAUUGAUGGGGACGGUUCUGUGACUCAGCUGAAAUUGAAGUUUGUUGCUAAUGAAUAUUUUCAUGAAGUGCAUGAAAAAUGUUCUGAUGUUGAACGAAUCAGUAAAAGAAAUUCACUUCUCAUUGCUGCUUAUCUUGGAAAACAAGCAAAUUCUUAA